AUGGAUACCUUCUAGCCAGCCAGCGAGUCCUACUGCUGCUGCAUGUCUGGCAGCAACUCUGAAUGAUCACAUGACUCUUGAUAUGGAUGCAGUCCUGUCAGACUUUGUUCGGUCCACAGGGGCAGAACCAGGUCUGGCAAGAGACUUACUAGAAGGCAAAAACUGGGACUUGACGGCGGCUUUAAAUGAUUAUGAGCAGCUCCGGCAGGUGCACACGGCCAACCUCCCACAGGUGUUCAAUGAGGGCAAAUACUGCAAGCAGCAGGAGCCAGAGCAGCCUCCCCAGGUGACGAAGGCUGAGCGGCCCUGCCUGCAAAGGCAGGAUGACACUGCUCAAGAAAAGCGUCUUUCCAGAGGUAUAUCGCACGCCAGCUCAGCCAUAGUCUCCCUUGCUCGAUCACAUGUAGCAAAUGAGUGCAGCAAUGAACAGUUCCCUCUGGAGAUGCCCAUCUACACAUUCCAGCUACCAGACCUUAGCGUGUACAGUGAAGAUUUCAGAAGUUUCAUUGAACGAGACUUAAUUGAGCAGGCAACAAUGGUUGCUUUGGAGCAAGCAG